GGCUGCUGCUGAGCUCCCUUCCCUUUCCCUUCUCAUCAGGAAACAGCUGUGCCUGUGCAGGUGUAAAGUGACACCUGCAAGUCCUUAAAACUGUGCCCACCAUGCAGCCAGGACAGCUUGUCCUUGAGCAAUAAGGAUAAACUGUCCACACCACUGCCUUUUGCCACUCCACGAGGGGUUACCCAGCCUGGCGAAUGGCUAUGACCACCUCUAGCCUCAGUUGAGGACCUGAAGACUUUGGUUGUACACCUGGAGACAACACCAACAUCCGACUGCUUUUACUGCAUUUACAUCCUCACUGGUUUCUACAGAAGACAUCAACUCACCAUGGUGGAGUAUUAUGAAGCACUGGGACUCCCCCGAAGUGCUUCUGUAGAUGACAUCAAAAAAGCAUAUAGGAAGAAAGCUCUCAAAUGGCAUCCAGAUAAAAACCCAGAAAACAAGCAAUACGCAGAGCAGAGAUUCAAGGAGAUUGCGGAAGCUUACGAAGUGCUUUCAGACAAGAACAAACGGGACAUCUAUGACCGCUAUGGUAAAGAUGGACUUAUGGGAAGAGCUAGGCCUGGGGCAUCUAGAACCAGCUGUGGCCCUGAAUACAUGUUCCACUUCCGCAGUGCCCAUGAUGUCUUCAGGGACUUCUUUGGAGGAUGGGACCCUUUCUUUGGAGAUGCUAUGCCCUUCGGUGCUUGUGCCAACGCAGGAAAGGGGUUCAGUUUUUUCUCUUCCUCAACAAACUUUAUCAAUGGCAAACAAGUUACCACCAAAAGAAUUGUUGAGGAUGGACAGGAACGCGUGGAAGUUGAAGAGGAUGGGGAACUUAAAUCUGUUGUUGUUAAUGGUGUGCCUUCAACCAGAGCAUCCAUUAGGGAAGCAUCAGGGCAUUGUGUUCGUGAUAGCUUUUCUAGGUACCGGUCAGCACCUGAGCUUGCUUACCAUGAUGACUCUGAUUCUGAUCCCACCUAUGAAGUGCAUACCAGGAGGAAUAUGUACCCUAUCCAAAACAAGAGGGUCUAUAGGGGGAGAGAUGAGGACGAUGAUUCUCAGACGGACAGUGAGUCUCACCCAGAUGAUGGAUUCCAGACUGAGGAUGAUGAAUCUCACAUUGAUGAGUUCUAGCAGCAUGCUGCAUAAGAAUGAAAUACCAUAUAUUGGUGGCAAGGAGAAAUAUGUAACAUCCCUGAUAAAAGCACAAUGAAGACACUGACAAGGAGAAGGAAUCAACCAGCAGAUACAAAUUGGACCCUGAGUGGAACUUGAAACUAGUGGGCUGGGAGAAGAAUGUAAUUGCAACCAAGGGGAACAUAAAAUACUGGAUGCAAGCCCAUGGACAAAGAAAACAGUCCCUUGCCAAAGGGAAUAGGUUGAUUUCCACAAGUAACAAAUUGACUCCACUAUGGCAGAAGAAGGCUCUCAGGCAAAAACAUGUCAUCGACGUCUACUUGCUUACCAAUAUAGUGAGAACUGAAAAUUAUGGGAUCCAUUAGAAAGGAGGUUUGCAAAGGGCAAUGGGCUGUUUAAUAAAGGUUGGGAACAGUGA